GCCGCUCAGUCGCCCGGAGCGCGGGACAGCGCACGUGUGUUUGGCACGGCGGCGGUCUCACCUGACGAGAAGACGCGACGGCUGAGAGCUGCUGACAAGACUGCCUCCGACGACCGACGCCACGUCUGUUUGCCUUCGCUAGCCUGCUGCUGCUCGUGCUCCGUCCUCUAUCAUUAUUAUUUUUCCCCCUUUGAAUUUUCGUUUUUCCUUCUUCUUUCCGGAUCCUCAAGUCUGUCACGGAUCUCCUCGCGACGAGUCGCCUUCCUGUCGACAACUCGUUGCAAGUAACGAAGUGUUGUGCUCUUCGGUGUCUCUUGCCGAGAGCGGUGUCGCAUGCUGCCCAACUUUGGCGGGACUGAUGUAAUAGUGUUUCCGCGUUCACUUCUAGUCAGCGAAACGAGAGUUAAGCAAGAAACUUUGUCACUAAGCGCGUCGAACGGGCACACAGCUGAGAAACUAUUCGCCUGUUUGGCGGUUUCCAUUGUCUUUCAGGACGAAAAAAAAGUUGUCCAGGUAGGUCUCCGAAUUAUCAGUGUUCUAUAGGGAACAAGCAGUACUUAGGAGAGUAGUUAACGCAGAAUUUAAUCGUAGCGGUUUGCAGCGGUUGGUGUCCUCUAACGCUAUCGUUGCGUUGCUCCUUUAUUGGAAUGUUAAUGGUUCGCCGUGAAAAAGUCGUUAGUUGCCUUCGAUGCUGACACUGCGUUACUCUGUCAACGGUAUGUUAAUGGUCGGCUUUGGAAUAGUCGUCGUUUACUCGGAAUCAUUCCAUCGAGGGCAAAUGCCGUUUCUGUGAUUAUAAACGAAAAAAAAGUUUAGUGUAAAGUAAUAAAAGCAACGAAUCGUGCGAUAAGUUCUAUCGGCGAGUGACCAGUGCUACCACAGCAUAGCGCACAGAUUAAAGAAAAAUAUUGUGAGUCAUACGGGCAAUUUUGGACACUUCGUUGACAAUCACGGAGACUCUCCGUACCAUAUGUAAGUCAACUCUCACGCCCUGCAGUGACGGUUCCACCAUUUUACUCUUAGCUAGGCACGGUAUAAGAUAUUUAUCGACGUAAACAGCUGUUACUUCUUCUCUAAUAUUUCGCGUCGGCUCUACAAAAACAAAUUUUAAAAAACUUUUUUUGUGUUCAUGUGCCCACUAUCGCCGGCUUCCUAAUUAGCCAGACACAGAUUACCCAUCGAGCUGACAUUGAAUGUACCGCAUACGGGCCAAUUAUAACUAGAUUGCCACGGACAUAAGCAGUCAGAAGUGGCGCAUCGCGCGUGGCAAGCUGAUGCGGCCGCCGUGUGUGGACUGAAUCAACAAUGCCCUUUCUGACCAGCAGCAGUGAAGAACUGGUGCAUCGGAACUGACUGACUGCUAUCGCGUGGCGUGCGUGUCCUGUCUAGAGUGAAAACGCGUGCGCCUUCACCACAGCUCUCGCCGCCUGCUCUGGACACUCCCGCGGGGCGGCAUAACAUCUGCUACGUUUGACGCCGCGUGACGCGGGAGAGAGGACGUUAUCUCGCUGUGGUGCCUGGUCUGCGACUUGACCUCCUGUCGAGCACAUGCUGCGCUCCACACCUCCGGCGGCCAUGGUGCGACCCGGCGCAUCCUGGCUGUCCGUGGCCAACUCGACUCCUUCUUACUCCAGGACCGUGAACGCCAUGGCGGCAUACGGGGGCGAGGCGUAUGAACCGUACGGCGGCGAAGAAGGCCGAAUUCAGACGGCGCCGCCGCCCGUGCAGGAGAAUGGCUCCUGGAACAACGCAAGCGACUACGACGACCUGUACUCGAUCCCGUCGGACCUGUGGAUGCGCUACUCGCCGUCUAUCGUGGCCAUCUUCUGCCUAGCGUACACCGUGGUCUUCAUCAUGGGACUGCUGGGCAACAGCUUCGUAGUGGCCGUGGUCGCACGCUCACCGCGAAUGCGCACCGUCACCAACUACUUCAUCGUCAACCUGGCUAUGGCCGACAUCCUGGUUGUCGUAUUUUGCAUUCCGGCCACGCUCGUCGGCAACAUCUUCGUCCCUUGGAUGCUUGGCUGGUUCAUGUGCAAGACGGUGUCGUACCUUCAAGGUGUAGCAGUCAGUGCCUCCAUCAACACGCUGGUAGCUAUAUCCAUGGACAGGUGCCUGGCGAUCUGCUAUCCGCUCAAGUGCCAGUUGUCGACGCGAAGCGUGCGCAAGAUACUUCUGGUUAUCUGGACCUUCUCGGUGGCCAUCACGUUCCCAUGGGCCCUUUACUUCACGCUGCAGCCCAUCCACCCCAGCAUACCAGGCGUCACGCUGUGCGUCGAGCAGUGGCCGGACGAGCGCUCCUCAACGCUGUACUUUAUCCUAGCGCACCUUGUGCUUUGCUACAUCUUCCCAUUGCUGCUCAUCGUCGUCUGCUACGGCUGUAUUUGGGUCAAGGUGUGGCGGCGUAACAUCCCGGGCGAGAGCAAGCAGACAGACCUGAUGGUGCAGAAGUCGAAACUCAAGGUGGUCAAGAUGAUGCUAGUGGUGGUGGUGAUCUUCGUGCUCUCUUGGCUGCCACUGUACAUCAUCUUCACAAGGCUCAAGCUGGGAAGUGCCCCCGAAGAAGGCAGCGUUGACUGGAACCUCAUGCUCAUCCUGACGCCCGUGGCGCAGUGGCUGGGCGCCUCCAAUAGCUGCAUCAACCCGGUGCUAUACGCGUACUUCAACCGCAAGUUCCGUCGUGGGUUCGUGGCUAUCAUCAAGAGCCGUAGCUGCUGCGGCACCCUACGCGAGCCAAGUUCGCUCCGGGGAACCACCAUCCGCUCGGCUGCCGGAGGGGGUGGAGCCGCCACCCACAGGGGACUCUCCAGGUCUGAGAUUCCGGAGUGCGUAGUGCACCCUCGAGCCAGCGCGAAAAAAGAUACGUUGCUAACCAACGGCCGGACGGACGCCGAAGAAAAGCACGCGAAGGUGUCCCUGGUAGCCUAACCCAUUCCGUGCCCUAGAGCCCGCUCCCACCCACACACACCCGCCGCUGCCACCAACACCGCCGCUCUCCUCCCGCUGUGCUUCCGCUGCACGGCCUGUCGCGCCUGCCAGUGUACAAACGUGCGUGCAUCGGUGGAGCCAUGUCUCACCGGAGUGGCGGUGGCCGAUGCUUUCGAAACCGCUUUGGGGGCGGUCUGCGCGCCGCUGACAGCAGCGAGCAUUUCUCGCGAGCUCCUGAGCUAGCCUCAGGGCUCAGCCUAAGCUUUGUAAACCCUCAAUUUAUGCAAUUACGUUUUUUUUCCUCCUUACUAUCGACAUUUGAAUCAAAUUCUAGCUAUAGUAACAAAGUCGCCCUCGCAGUGAUUUGUCAUCGAUCUGCGAUCGAAAUAAAUUCAUUUAGCUAUCCUCCGGGCUCUAAUAUCCACGCCGCCGUUAGUGAGCAAAAAAACAUUCGUAAGAAAGAGCAGCAUCGAAUCGUGACGGCGGACGAGGUGAUAACGGAGGUGGCAUGCAAACAGGUCUUACGAAGAAAAAAGAUUCGUGAAUUUGGUUCCAUUUGUCGAUAACUAAGUGCUCUUUCAUGAAUGCUGACCAAAAAGAAACUAAAAAAAAGCACCAAACGUAAGGCGUGAAAUCUUGUAAAAUACGCCUCUGUAAAAGCUUUACUCAGCUUUUUUAGAACUAUAUGUACGUCGCAUUUAAGGACGGUAAGGCUGCAUCGUCGUCGAUGACAAAUUCUAGACUGCGUCAGUAAUGGCAUGAGACUAUUCACAAUGAUUUUAAAGCAAAUAAAAAAAACAUAAACCGAGGUUUUAUUACCGCAGCUUCACUACAUAUUUACUCGAGCUAUUUCGUGCCAAGAAAAAAAAUGAAAAAAAAGAGAGAGACAGAUAGAGGAGGGUUUGGGUAUAAAAAAGAAUGUCGGUGAAAAUAAUGUUCGGCUGCCGAUAGCGCUACCUCAGCAGUACCGCAUAAAAAUAAAGAAAGAAGGAAAGAAAGAAGGGAGUUAAGGAAUUGGUUAUCCGCUCAUCACAUUGACUCCUGUAUGCUGCUGAGGAAAUGGUGAACAGUGUCCCAGUUAAUUUUAAAUAAAAUGCACUCAGCGCUGCAGCAAUUGUCUCUGUGUUCGUCUUCUGUGUUUUUCAUGUUGUUAGUCCUCUGCUCAUCUGUAACAUGUGAUCUGUAACAUCAUUGCUUUUAUUCCUUUUUUUCUUUUUUUUUACUCCAUUUGUCUCCCAGUCUCCCGCGUACUAUAUGACGCUGUAAAUCUCUGUCGGGUGAAACGCAGAACCUUCUAGUUGUGUCAUCGAACUCAUGAAGAUGGUUGUUCGUCGUGGCCAUGUUUCUUUUACUUGAGAUUGUCCAACCAGAAAUGAAGUUUCAACAAACUUUAUAUAAUAUAACUCGUUGCUGUCAGCAGUUGCUCGACUGCACCGGUCGGCGUAUGUUUCGAAGCCUGUAUAGCCUAUAAUCUGAGAAAAUGAAGGCUCCCUCAAUGUUUAUGUAUAGGGCGCCGUAGACACCAAGACAGAAAAAAACACAGAAAGAACACAACAAGAUUUAUUGUUUUGUACUUGGUUAUGACCUGUAUGUAUUGUACGUAAGUAUGUGUAUGUCUGCGUGCGUGAAGUAUAAGUAAAUAAAGACUUUGCUCAACACU